GUCUGCUGUUGCAACACACACUGCAGGAAACAUUUUUAUUUUUGGAGUAGCCACAGCCACUGUGGCUUGCUCCCCAAGGCUCAACUUCACUUCAGGACGGGACGGCCCUGUGGCACCCUGAGCUGGGAUUAACAAACAGAAAGCAGUUGGUCCUGACAGCCACUCACUGAAGUUUAACCAAGAAAACACAAACAACACCUAUCUACCUGACACUUAACACUUCAGUGUGAAAUGCUGAUGGAAGUCAACUACAGCAACGGGCUGGAGUCUGACCUUUCCCAGCCGUAUCCUCCGCCCUUAUUGCCAAAGCCGGGAAAAGACAACGCAAGACUUCAGAAACUCAAGAAGAAGAGAGCCAAGAAAAAAGGCAGCCUCACACAGACGCCUAUCCCCUUUCGCUCCUGUUUGUCGCCUGUCAACGAAGCAAGCACAGACCUCGAACACAGCGAUCAGUCUAGCCCACCAAAGACACCAGAUUCAGUCUACAUUGCUGAUUCACCUGUUUCUGGUUUUCCCUUUGGUUCCCUUUACAGUCCCUCUCCAUCUGCAUUCCCUCAUUCUCAGAGUAUCCCGUAUGGCCAAACUGGUGGCUUCCCUCCUCAGCCCCUUGCAGCUCAGAUCAGGACAGUAGAUGAGCAGGUGGCUCCGCUGUAUGAGUGCUCCUCUUUCUUAUUUGAUGAUGCUACUCCUCUUACAAUGCCACCUUUCAGUUCACCAGCCCUCUUGCCACCCGAUAAGCUUAAAACGUCACCUCUUUCUUCUACUGUCAAUGUAAACAUGACACAAAAUUCCCAUGGGUCAGCCACAACAGUCCCUCCAGUCACUAUGUCGCAGUCCAGCCCUAAAAUAUCAACUCACAGCUUGACCCUCUUCCCAGCUGCCUCCCAUUAUGGCCCAGACCUGGCACCUCCUCAAGCUGCAGAACAACCUUCUGUUCCAGUGCAGAGAUCAAUUUACAACAGUCACACACAACCUUUUAUUUCGAGCCAGAGGGAGAACGAUACCGGUUCAAAGGACAACCCUCAGAGCCAGAUAUUGUCUUGGACCGCCAGACCUACCAGUAAUGGCCACUUUGUUCCAAGCCACAUGUCUCCUGAAGUAACCGCCUCAAAAAUAUCACUUGUUGAAGCAGUGAAAGAGCCAAAGCCUGAAGUCACACAAACUAGGGUUUAUACAUCAAAGGCAACAUUUUAUGAAAUUUCUAAACCUUCCUCCAUCCAAGACCUCACAGCAAUAAAUUCAGCUUACCAUGGUGCACAAUUAUCUGCCACAUUCAAGGAGAAAACAGCUGUGUCACUGGUGAAAACAGAGAAGAACACAUCAAUAUCUAGGACACAGCACGGAAGACCUAAGACUCCCUCUUGCAUGCCAAAUCGAGUAUCCACACCCAUUUUUGAAAUAUCAAAACCUAACCCGCUUUUAUUUGCCGCAAGUCCUGCUUCCAGCUGUUCCCAAGAUAUGCAAGUACCUGCUCUCCCCAAGGAGGCUCCAAGACACAAUUCAGUGAUUCACACUAGUGCUAUAAGUAAACCCCCAGCUGCCACAGAAGAGCGAAGGCAGACUCAUAAAAAUAACAUGUCUGUCAAGCAAGCCAGCAAUUACAAAGAGGUAGACAUUCAUACCCAGAGGUCUUCUAUAAAUUUUAGUGUUGGCAGUUCAGAGCUGUGUCACAGAGAGAAAAUGACUGUACCUAACAUCCCCAUGGUCAAACCAACACCAACAGAACUUGUCACUCCAAAACAAAAUGCAGAACACUUUUCUGGAAAUGAAGCUUUGUCUUUGCCCAAGAUUCCAUCAUUUCUUUAUGUACCAAAGACUCCUAACCCUACACCAGUGACGUCAGUCCAAAUACCACCAUGUUCCAGCCCAGUGUGCACCACCUAUCGCCCUCCUGUCAUCGAGGCACGCAAGUCUUUGACAUCACUGCUGGAGAGUCAAAUGUCGUUAGCAAAUUCAAAGCCCAAAUCACGAUCUACAUAUUAUGGGCUGACUCCAGCUGAAUAUGCUGCCUAUGGUGGAAUUAGGACUAUCACAUCACAUCACAGCCCUGUAUCCCCCAGGAAUAAUGAAAGCUCUGUCGAUAAACCACACUCAGAUGUAUGCAUAGAUGGCUCAGAUAUCUCAAAGCCAGAAAAACAGCUCAAUGGACAUGAGAUUCUGACCUCUUCAGUUCACAGUUUACAACCUGUGUCAUCAUCAAACAAUUCUGAACAUCCAGCUGAACAGGUUGUAUCAUGUAGGAAAGAUGUCUUUGAGGAAAAUUGGUCUGACGCUCACUGUAUUGGAAUGCAAUCACUUAAAACAUCUAACGUGGACACAGUAAAACCUGAGAUUCUCCUUGGCUUGGCACAGAAAACAAUACGACAAUCCCCAAGUGAUGUAUCCACACCAAAAGCCUCAUACUCUGAGGCUCCAAUACCAAUGCCUAAAGCAGGUGAGGUACUCACACAAAGUGUUGCACAGUUUUCUGUAGAGGCAGCACUAAAAUGCCUCACUGAUAACAAUGGUUUGUCGAGUUCUUCCUCAGCCUUAACUAAAACAGAUCUAAAUGUAGAAACACACCCUGAAGCAAAAGUGAUACAUUUUAUAGAAAAUGGUUACAAGCCCAAUAAAACACCUUCAGUUUCACAGACUAAUAAAAGAGACCAGUCAGGAAAAACAGAGCUAUCUCCAGUCCAAACUUAUGAAACUGCUGGUGGAGUCAGUUUGCCAUCAGUCCAUGAUUUCAAUGCCCAAAUCAAUGCCAAGCCCGUGAAAAACCUGGCCGACUGUGAAAACCCAUUAGUUCAAUCUCCUCCCACACAGACAGAGUCUAAAUUCUCAGAGAGCGACAUUAUUAAUGACGAGUUCAACUCAGGAAUACAGCAGUCCAACAAAAUGUUGAUUAAAAUACCUGCCGAAGCCACACUACACAAACAAAGAGAAGAUGUCAAAAAGCAAACUAAAGUGCCCACUAAGACAAACAUUGGGAACAUUAUGCCUUUAAUGGCUGAAUGCGUCCCUGAUAUAUCAAUCAAUGAGCCCACUUUUGUAAAUAUGUACCCUAAGGAGACAGUUAUCACAGCCCCAAGAUCUGCGGUAUCCUAUGGACCUGUCACAGCAUCUGUAUGUUCUGCUGAGUAUAGUAUCUACACACAACCUUUAGCUGAGCAAAGUUCCAAAUUUAUACAACCACCCAAAGCAGAAAUGCAGGUUUAUACACAUAAUCAACCAGCUGAAAAGAGCUGUUUGCCCAUGUUAAGUGCAUCAAAUAUGUCUGUAAAUACAGAACCAAACCCUCCUGCCCUACAUGCCACCACAAUUCAGUCACCCAAGAUUUCAAACAAAAACCUCCCUUUAAAAAUGGACUCAUUCAAUGUGCCAGCAAAAGAGCCUCAAAAACUAACAAAUAUCAGCAAAAAUAUAAACACACAGACUAUAGGAUCCAGUAAUCAAAGUAAUGUUGUUCAAGGGAUACGUUUUUACACAAACUCUAGCAGAGUAAUUGCUCAACAAGCAACUGAAAUCGUUCUUAAUACUAAAGAUGGAGUAAUAUCAAACCAAGCAAAUACAGAACCCAAACUGGCAAAUUAUUUUAAUACUGAUGCUAACAGAGACAAAAACUCAGCAGUUGACAAAGUACAUCCACAGACCAUCACUGAGAGAGUAGGUUUAUUAACUGAUAAUAUGGCAAUAGAAUGUCUUUCCACAACAAUUUCCCAAACAGAAAACAUUCAAGCAAAUUGUGAGUUUGAAACAAAACAAGCUGCUCCUAGUCUUUCAAAAGGGACCACUACAGUUAGCAUACCCUUAAAUGAAAACAAACUAGCCAGCAAACCAAAUGCAAACUCUUUCACAGAUGCAGUUCCACCAAGAUUACUAAGAAAUCUGGAGGCAAUUCAACAGGAAAAGACACAGUCAAACAAUUUCCAGAACAGCAAUACUCAGUUUAUUCCUCCUGCUGAAACCAAAGUCCCCAACAGGCUUAACAUGGAAACUGCCCUGCCAAUAAUGGCAGAUGCAGCAUUGAGUGGUAAUCCAAUAUUUAAUGCUUUACAGGCUGGUAAGCAAACGUUGCCUCCUAGCCGUACGAUGAGGCGUAUGACACCAAAGAGCCCUCAGAUGAAAAAUGACAGAUCUGAGAGUCUAUCUUCAAUAAAGCCAGCCAUGAAUACAACUUCUCUUUGUGGCUCUGUUGAUGGUAAACAGUUUGGCAAAUCACCUGACACACCUGAACAUCAAAUUGCUACUAGAAACCAUGUGAAUAAACAAGUCUCUUCCAGCGAGCCAGUUACAAGCAAUAAAUCUUCAUCAACUCCACCUAGAAAACUGAAAAACUCUGAAAUAUCUAUGGAUACAACAACUUCCCUUUGUACUGUUCAUACUGCACCAUAUUGCGCAUCCAUGGAACAGCAAACUACACAACUGGCAAGAUCUAGUCAAAUGAUUGGAAAUAAUGCUCAGACUGUGAAUUCAGUGGACUCUCAGACUCUACUGAAACAAUUUAGUUCUGACACUGAAACAAACAAAUCAAUAGAAACUAACAUGUGUGUUGUAAAUUCUCCAACAAUCUCUUAUGGCUCUUCAAAUAAACAGCCUGCUACAAAUUUUCAAUGGUUCAAUGAAGCCACCAGUGAUUUAGAAGUCCCACAUAGCCCCAAUACAGUAACUAAACCUUCCCCUAUACCAGAUAGAAGAGUGUGUAAUAUACCGAAACAAUCAUGUACUCCUACCACACCCCUGUCCCCUCAAAGCUCUGUGACUUUAAACCAUGUGACAGAAAUAAACCCCACUACUACCAUAAUGAAAGAUCAGAUAAACCCUCCAAUUACAGCUUUUCAAAAUAACAGACCUACUAGAACCACUGAGCCAUUUGCUAUCUUAGAGAAUACCUCAAAAUCAGAAAUAAAACCCCUUAGAACUAAUGAUACUUCAGUCACUGAGGUAAAAAUAAACUCCCCAAUGCAACACAAUAAAAUUUCAGCUCAAGAUGUACAACUCCCCCAACUAAGCACUGACGCUAGUGUUCUCACACGUCACAGCUAUUCUUCGCUGCUUAGUGGACCUAGAGCAGAAGCAAAACCUCCCAUUAAGCAGGUACACCCAAGACUGUCCUCAGGUGUACAAAUAGAAUCCUCAAAGUCUCCCCAGUAUGGUUCUCAGGUUAGCUCACCAACCAUUCGUGUUCAGUCUAUGACAGAGCAACUCGUAGAGAGCAUUUCCCCCACAAAUCCAGCAACAGAUACUGUCAUGAAACCACCCAUGAUUAAAGCCGAUGUGAUUGAUUCUGCCACUCCUGCCUCUCUGCCUCAGGCCUCAAUCUCAGUAAAAGCUCCAUCCCCAAACAGAGGAACGUCACCGCUAUCUCAGCAAAAAACUGGACUCAAAGGCAAGGGUGUACUCAAGUCCAAACCAGCUGCACCAACAGGAACCCCGAUAGUCGAAGCCUCCACAAAGUCAGUGACAUCAACUGCAUCUUCAAUUGCUGACAAGAAGCUUGUUGCAGCAGAAAUAUCUCCUUCAUCCAGUGAGCAGAAAGCAGCCCAGAAGCCAAAAGGCCUUAAGAGUAAGCUUAGUGGUUGGACACGACUGAAGAAGCACAUGGUCGUUGAGCCAGAGGAACCCCAGUUUCCAGAGCCAGAGGCUAAACCUCAGGUUAAUUCCAGUGGCAGCAAUAAGAAAAUAGAACAAAUUGAUAACAAGUUGACAGCACACCAACAUGAUCAGGAGGUAGCUACAAACAAAGAAGGUCCUAAAGCACUGAAGAUGUGGGAUGCACUCCUCUUUCAGAUGUUCUCUACCAAAGAGCGAAUUAUGCACCAGAUCAAUGCCAACAAGACUGAUUCCGACAAGAAAAAGUCUGCUAAAGAUAAUCAGGCAGAGGUUCCUUCAUUUGUCAGUCGUCUCCCAAUUUUACUGUACAGCCCUCGAUUUGAUGCCAGGAAGCUGAAAGAAGCAGUGGAGAAGCCGCUCACAAAAAUAGCAGCAGUGUUUGAAAGGGGGCUGAUAAAACGGAAAUCUCAGGAGGAAGAACACAAGGACUUCAACAGAACAGCCAAAGGAUUUGGUUCAACAAAAGCUGCAGAUAUGUAAUGAUGGAAAUGAUAAUGAUUUGAAAAUGAUAUAUCAAAUCACUAAUUCAUAACUCAAUAGACAGAACACUGAAAGUAAUUUGAAAAAAAAGAAGAAAAACAUUGGCUGACUAUUCUUGGAAAGGUGGUGAAGGCUGCAAAAUGACAACAAUGCUGCAACAAGUGUUUGACCCAAGGCUGGGACUUUGUCAUUGCCGUGGUGUAGUUUAAAGUAUAAAGGAAAAGAAAGUAAUGAAAAAUUAAAGAAAAUU